AUGUUAAAGGGUGUAACACCUCCAUGCAAUUAUGUCAUCAAUGGUCACCAAUACAAUAUGGGUUAUUUCUUAGCCGAUGGUAUCUAUCCAAAGUUGACUACAAUUGUACAAGCUAUUAGUCAGACAUUGGAAAUUCCCAACUAUGUGAGAUUCAACAAGUAUCAAAUGGCUAAAAAAAAGGAUAUCGAGCGUGCUUCAGGAGUUAUUCCUGUUCCGAUUAUGGAACCUACCAAUAAUGGUCGUGUAUUUAUGUCAUCUAUGAAAAACCUAGAAAUGUACCUACAACUAAGAAAUGAUCUUGUCAAUCACAUUGUUGUGCAUCCUGGUAGAGGAGGUCAGGCAACGAACUUGUCUAGUUUGGAGGGUUCAGAUAUGGAAUACGUGGUACUUCCAUCAUUAGAAGGAGAUUAUGAUGAUACAGACUUAGAAGAAGAAGUAGUUCCUGGUCAAAACGAGGAUGGAACAUUUGAUUAUUAUGGAGAUUACAAUGAUCAAAUCCCAGAUGACUUUGAACAUGCAGUUGAACAUGUACAUGGAGACGAACAUGUGGGAGACGAAUACGAACAUGAUGAAGAUGACGAUGAGGAUUCUGACGAUGAGGAGGAUUAUGACGAUGAUGAGGAUGAUGACGAUGAGGAGGACGAUGAUGAUGAGGAUUCUGACGAUGACGAUGCUGCUGCGUACGAUGAUGCGGUGUCAAUCUUUGAGGUGAAAAUCAAAGCUAAACAUCUAGUCUCAAUGGCAAAUCAAUCAACAACUACCAACUCAGUCGAAGAGAUUCUUAGAAGAUGCAAGCGAACCACUCAAUCAAUUGCUGCAAUGGAAAAAGAGAUAUGCAAAAGAGGAGAUCAAGCUACUACGAAUGCAACAACGUCUUCAUAA